GGGAGAGACCGGGAGCGGCACCGGGAGCGGCACCGGUGGGCCUGGAAGGCGAGCGGUAGGCGUGGAGUCUCCCCGGGAGCAGUCGCCCCGGGAGGCUGCGAAGCUGCUUGGAAGGCUGGAGCUGCUGUGCUCUAGGACAGGGUGAGAGAGCUGGGGGUGUUCAGUCUGGAGAAGGCUCCAGGGAGACCUUAGAGCCGCUUGCAGUGCCUACAGGGGCUCCAGGAGAGUCGGAGAGGGACUUUGGAAAAGGGCCUGGAGUGGCAGGACAAGGGGGAAUGGCUUCAAGCUGCCGAAGAACAGGGGUAGAUGGGAUGUUGGAAGGGAAUUCUUCCCUGUGCGGGUGCUGAGGUCCUGGCACAGGUUGCCCACAGAAGCUGUGGCUGCCCCAUCCCUGGCAGUGUCCAAGGGCAGGCUGGACAGGGCUUGGAGCAAGCUGGGAUAGUGCAAGGUGUCCUUGCCCAUGGCAGGAGGUUGGAAGACGGUCUAUCUUUAAGGACCUUUCUAGCCCAAACUGCUCUGGGAUUCUGGGAUUCAAGGAAGGCCCUUUUCCAAGUGAAGUGUUGUAUCUCCUCCUGGCUCCCAGCUUGCAGUCGGCAGUUCUUCUGGAAGCAGGCCCGGCCAGUCAGUGAGCCAUGUGUUCUCAAUAGGACAAGUGGGACAUGUUUACGGAGAGGAAGGCUGCAAGCAGACCUUCAAGGCCCAGUAGGUGUGAAGGAAUUCUAAUUGUUAAGAUGAUGGUUCUUUGAAGGCUCACUUAGCCCACCUUUUGGAUGAAGGAAAGAAGACAAGGUCCUCUAAGAAGAGUAGAAAGUGCACUUUAAAUAUGCCAUGCCAUUACCGUGUAAUCAGCAGAGAUGUGUUGGUAAAGCACUCAUCAGUGACUUCACAAAAAAGCCACAGUCAGACAGACAACCUACAACUUUUCCAGAGGUAUGGGGAAAUGUAGAUGCCAGUUCAGCUGAGGAAGUCAGAGGCUUGCCUGAUGUAGUUGUUGCUGAGGAGGCAGGCAGCAGUCCGUGGAAGCACCUGGCAGAGAGGCGGCGAAAGCGCCACCAUCGAGCAGUGAUGGAGAUGCAGCAGGAGCUGGACUGCAUUGGCAGGGAGAUGGAAGCCUCUGUUUUGAAGCUUCAGGAAUUCCUUCAGCUAGAAGUGAUGAAAUCAGAUGAAAAAAGUGAACUUCUGUUUGAAAAGAUUGCGUCUGACGUGGCUUUGGAAGGUUUCUCGUUUGAAUGUUUGGAAGAACUGUGGAACAUGAUCCACCAGGAAUCCUCAAACAGAAAGAAGUGGAUCAGGGCAGUGGACGAAUCCCUAAAGGAGAUCGAAAGGAGUCGAGCCAUUAAAAUAGCAGACAUACUGACCAAGUAUGCCGUGAAACUGGAGGAAAUUGCCUUCUUGUUGGCAGCUGAUGUUCACAGGCUCAUUGACAAUAAGGCCAUGAAUAUAAACAGAGCACUGCUGGGUAAUGAGAGGGCAACUGCCAAGCUGCUUUUUAAUCUAAUGAAAUCAGAGCUUGAGAAAGACAAAUUGCAUCAGCUGAAAUGGCAAGAGAGAGUCAAGGACUGGAAGCUCAUCCAAAAAAACUGUAUAGUUCAGAGUUUCAGAGAAUUUAUGGCAAGUGAAGAAAUACAGAAUCCCCCAACUGUGAAAACAGAAAUGGAAAAUAUGAUAAAGGAGCAGAUUGUACUUAGUGAACAGAGACUGAGGGUUCUGCAGCACGUUGGCUCCUUGUUGCCUCCAAUACACACAAAAUCUGACAUAAAUGAGUGGUACAGAACUUUGGAGAAUUUAAACAAAAGUAUAGACACCCAUAAUGUGGAGUGUGUGGAGAAAAUUCGCAUCCAGUGUGAGCUGGUGCAGGGCCAAUGUCAGGAAAAAGCGCAGGUCUGCAAGAUGACCCUGUUGGAUAUGAACAUUUGCACAGUAGAAGAUGUUGAAGUUGUGCAUUCCAACAUGCUUCAGAUGACUGAGAAACUAAAACACAGGUUUGAGGAAGAACUGGAGCAGAUGGAUAGUGAUGUUAAGGAGCUGGCUCAAUGGCAUGAGGAGCACUGUCAGGGCUUGUCCAGCUGUGUUCAGGAGGCCAUGGGUGUCUGGGAUCUCCAUCAGCUCCAAGUGUCCCAGCUGCAAGAUGCACUCCAGAAGAAAGUGGAUGAAUGCAGAUGGGAAAAGGAUAACAAAAUACAGAUGAUGAAAGAUGAUCUGGGUACAAUUUUGCAAAAAAUGAAAAUGGCAAGCAGUGAAGAAGAGCUGAAGAAAUAUUUGGAGAACGCCCUUUCUUCUUUAGAUAAAAUUAGAGCUAGGAGUGAAACACUCAACAAAAUUGUAAUGGAUGAAGUAAUGGCUUACCCAAAAGCUAUUUUGUGGGAACUGAUUUCUUAUAGUAUGUCCAUCAGCCAGCAUUUUAGUGUGAAGGAAAUCUUCAAACAGUCAGUGUCCAAGAGCAGCGAGGCAGAAAGUGCUGAAAUUGCCACGGGGGAUUCUUCCACUGCUAGUGGGAACACUUACACUGCUCUUGAAGCUGAAGAGGCAGAAAAGACUGACGUCACAGAGAGUUAUUUUACAAAAUAUGAAAAAGAAGAACCACUUCCUAUGUACCUGAAAUACGCACUUCUCACAGAAGCCACGUUUGUCAACCUGAAAGAAAGGAUUCACCUCUGCUUCUCUGAACACUUGGAGGAAUGGUUUGCAGAAUGCUGGUCCAGCUCCUGUGUCUUUGUAGCUGCCAAGAAAGAGGAGCUGAAUUCAAUACUUCUGCUGCAUCUUAAGAUGCAUCAGCAGAAGCAGAAGGAGAUACAGACAAAUAUCUACAAUGCUCGAGCCGCGGACCUGUCUCUUCACAAAGAGCAUCUUGAGUGCCACCGUGCAGCGCUGGCGGAGGGCCUGAAACAGGAGGAGGCUGCAUUCCUCAAAUUUUCGGACCAGCUAAAUAACCUCAGCACCAGCUUUGCUUCCCGAGUCUGUGACCUGGAGUACGACUUGCUGCACGCUCCCGUGACUGAGCAGUCAGCUUCUUCCAGCCACAAUCUGCAGUCAGAGCUCCACAACCAUCUGGAAUCCAUCAGGGUUACUGUGCAAAGUUACCAGCAGCACUUGGAGGAAGCUUUAGGAAAACUAAGGGAUUUGAAUGUGGCUUUUCUCAAAAGUUGCAGAUUAUUUUCAGAGGGUGGUGACUUUUCUUCUGAGGAGGUAAAGUUUUUCAACGAGUGUCUUCAGAAAGAAAGUAAGCAAAUUGACUCCUUUAACAGUUCAGUUGAGACAGAUGUGACGAAAAUCAAAUCGAGCUGCUUGGAGCAGGCUACUGAGCUUUUCAAGCAGUCUGAAAAAAAGUUUGCUUCUCUCUCUCGGAGUCGAGCCUUUAUGGAGAAGGUCCAUCAAUCUCUGAGAAAGCUACGACACCAAAUCAAAUCAGAGGUGGCGAAUUCCAAUUUGCAGUCAGUCACAUUAAAGUCUUACUUGGAAAAGCUCCAGAGGAAGAGAGAUGCUUAUGUUCAUUCUACUGCAGAGAAAGAAGUGACUUCUAACCAGCAUGAAAUGGCUUUGACUUCUGAAGAGUUGUAUGAUUUUGCCAGAGAGGUGUUGAAAGAGCUUGAAAAGAGGAGCAAGUAUCUUGACUGCAUCUUAGUAAAAGAAAAGAUCCCAAAUGCCACUAAGGACUUCACCACUCCUGGCACAGAUGGGACAUUGCAGGAGGACUUGACCACUCCUGACACACAUGGGAGGUUACAAGCUCCUGCUCUUCCAAAACAGAGUCUCAGAGCUGAGAGCAAAAGGACUGUGAUGGGACUAGAUCCUGACAAAUUCCCUUUGUUAAAUCCAAGCGGGACGGAUAAAUCAAUAUUUGAUGAUUUGGCAUUAAAUGUUAUCAAAAAUUUAGCUGGAUUUGACCCACCAAAAAAAUCCCAAGACCUAAAUCGGAAGAAAAAUGAUCCAGCAGGUCUUCGCCCAGGAAAGAAGAAGCUCUCUGAUGCACAUUCUCAGAAGUCAGGCAAGAGGUCAUCUCGGGAUGAAACAAAGCGGAAAAAAAGUGAAAAACCCAGAAAAUCUCUUACCAAGGAUGAGAGAUCCCAGAUAUUUGGAAAGAAGCCUGCAAACUCUGAUACUUUUAAGGGGAUUAUUAUGAAUAUUCUCUGGAAGAGUAACAACACCUUGCUCUGCCUUGGUGAGGAGUUCUAUGGAGAAAAGAAGAAUCCUCAGUUAGUAACGCCUGAAGAUCUGCCAGCCACCUUUGAACACUGGGCAGAAAUGCUCAGACUGAAACUACUGUCCUACCAAAGGCAGACAGAUGAUUACUACAAUCUCUGUCUUAGAGAAUUUCAGGAUCAGCUGAAGUGGUUUGAGGAGGAGCUGUCUUCUGUUUCCCAACUGGUCGUGGAAAGUCUUUUAAAAGUGCAUGAGCAGAGACUGAGCUCUUCCACUGGUCAUGUUCAGCAUCUCUUCAGCAGACAGCUGAAGGAGUGGGAGGAUGUGAAGACUGUGCACUGGAGGAAAUUACAUUACUCCCUAGGCCACCCAAAUAACUCCCUUCAGCUGGAGGCUUUGUGCCAAGAGGAAAUAAAAAGGCAAAAAGAUCAAACUGAUGGUGUUCACCUCAACACAAAGAUGCUGCAGGAUUGUGCUGCUGAGUGUGCUCAGAGCUUUUUUUCUGCACUGGCUGCCCUGGCUGAAAAGCUCCUCUUGGAACUAGAUGAAACCAUCACUGUUGAUGAUGUAAAAGUAGCAGAAACUGAAAUGCCCACAGAGAAGAUGUCAACUUCAAUGCAUCAUAAACAAGCUGCAGUUCCUCUGGGAGCCCCCAAAGUUCCACAGUUACUCAAACGAGGAAGCAGGAGUUGGCCAGGAAUACCUGAGACAACUCUUCCUGACACUCCAGACUAUACUCUUUGCAGAGGAACUGCAUCAGUUUCAACAGCUAAGACUACCCUGGCCCAUCUGGCAGUGGUGGAUGCAAGACAAGCUGCAUAUCAGAAAUACAAAAGUAAAGUUGAACAGAUGUUUGCCCAGAUCAAGGAAGAAAGUGCAGCUCAGCUGCUGGCAAUUCAGCGUUGGAAUGACUGGUGGGAGGAAUCUAUCCGGAAGAUAAAGCGACUCUACAUCUGAGAUUAGAUUUUGCUGAGCUUUGUUUGUGUAAAUGGGCAAGUUUGUAUGAAUGUCACUGAUAUUCUUCUUCUAUCUUACUAAUCUGUUGCAUUAAAAGAAGCUACUUUUUGCCUUUUGGUUUGUUUUGCCA